ACGGAUGGGUCAACACUCGGGUCCCCAGAGAUGUCUCCGCUACCGACGCUGCUGCUGUGGUGGCUGCUGCUGCUGACUGUGGAGCCUGCCAGCGCCUCGCUGAUCCGGAUCCCUCUCCGCCGCGUGCACACUGGACACAGGACUCUGAACCCACUGAGGGGAUGGGGGAAGCCAGCAGCGACCCCCGCUUUGGGGGCCCCCUCCCCUGGAGACAAGCCCACCUUCAUACCUCUCUCUAACUACAUGAAUGUCCAGUAUUACGGGGAAAUUGGACUGGGAACGCCCCCACAAAACUUCUCUGUCGUUUUUGACACUGGCUCCUCCAAUCUCUGGGUCCCGUCCAUAAGAUGCCAUUUCUUCAGCCUGCCCUGCUGGCUCCACCACCGUUUCAACCCCAAGGCCUCCAGCUCCUUCCAAUCCAAUGGGACCAAGUUUGCCAUUCAGUAUGGAACUGGGAGGCUAGCUGGCAUCCUGAGUGAGGACAAGCUGACUAUUGGAGGAAUGAUGAAUGCAUCAGUGAUUUUUGGAGAGGCUCUGUGGGAGUCCAGCCUGGUGUUCACUCUUGCCCGCUUCGAUGGGAUACUGGGCCUUGCUUUCCCCGUUCUGGCCGUGGGAGGGGUCCGACCCCCACUGGAUGUACUGGUGGACCAGGGGCUACUGGAUAAGCCCGUCUUCUCCUUCUACCUCAACAGGUAA